AUGGGAAACGUUGGGAGCUCUUUGAACGAACACCCGGCUUUAUAUACAAGCAAUCCCGAGCGAUUUCGAAUCACCGAGAUUAUAGUUUCCAACUCUUCCUCCGAUCCGUACAUAACGUUCACUGUUUCCUCGAAUAAAGUUGUCGCUGUAUCAAAUACUUCAGAUCUGCUCGAGUUUGCUCAGGAUUCGGACACUCAAGAAAUCUCUUUCAGUCAGCUGUUACCAAAGUUU